CUGCAGGUUACCAUGGACCCGGAUUCCUUGGUGCCUUGCUCUGCAAACAAGCUGCAGCUGGUCUUUAAGCAUUUAUCGACACAGAAAGGUGCUUCUUGAAACGUGAACACCUCCAGAGGGGCAGGAUGUUCAGGAAAACUACCUGCAGGAACACAGUCAGUGAUGCAGUGAGUCUGCACCAAGACCAGGCCCUCAACACCACUAUAUUCCUCCUGAAGUCCUUCGGCCCUACAGGAUUUCUACUGAGAGAGGAGGGAGAGGUCAGGAACGUCAAGGUGUGCUUGGGUGACCCACAUACGUGCACUUGCCCUGUGUUCACCAAGGAUCAGGAGCCCUGCAAACACAUCUGCUGGGUUUUACUGCGGAAAUUCAGACUACCCAGAGAACAUGAAUAUUCGUUUCAGCAUGGACUUGUUGAGAGACAGAUCUUGGAGUUGCUCCAUGGUUUACACCAAACCAAAGACCACCGGACGGAAAAUGAGCCCUCUGUUGCUUCUGGGACUACGAGCCAACCGGUCACUGGCCAGGAGGCUGGAAGUGUCUGCCGGAAAGUGAUCCAAGCCCAGGAUGUGUGUCCUAUCUGUCAAGAAGUGCUGCUGGAGAAAAAACAGCCUGUGUCUUACUGCAGGUUCGGUUGUGGCAAUAAUGUCCACAUCUCUUGCAUGAAGGUGUGGGCGGAUCACCAGAGACUGUCAGACAGGGAAGAAACAGUGAAGUGCCCUCUGUGCAGGGAGGACUUCAGCUCCUUGAAGUUACUCCAGGAGCAGGUGAAAAACGCAGCAAAGCUCUCCACUGCCUCUGAGAAAGAGAAGCCAGACCGACACCUGGGGGUUCUUUGUCACAGCUGCCGGGUCUGCCCUGUCACUGGCAAAUGUUUCAAAUGCACAGUCUGCAGUUACUUAUAUCUGUGUGAGGACUGCUCAAAGAUGGGCUGCCACCCACAGCAUCCAUUUGCUUCACGGGCAAAAAGGAGAGAGAAGUGGCAUCUUGUUCCCAAAGGCCUGAAUGAUGAACCAAGGGAGGCGACCUCUCACUCAGCUAAUGACGGCAUCGUCCCUGGAGCUGCAGACCCUCUACCAGGAAGUGUGUUGGACUGUCUCCCUACGGUCAGAGUGAGACCGGGGUCUCGCCUCUUGGAUGUGGGACAGCAGUGUCGGAUCUGUCUGCUGGAUUUUAGCCUGGGCCAACGUGUCCGGACUCUGCCCUGCCAUCACAAGUUCCACGCUGACUGUGUGGACGGGAUCCUGCGGAAGUCGAACUCCUGCCCCUUGGAUGGAUAUGUCAUUUAUAACCCCUCGACAUGGAGAACCAGUGAAACAAAGACCUCUCCUAACACGUUCUCCUCCCGUUCCAGUGACUGUUCCACACGACCAGAAAAUAACUUGAAGGACCUGUUUAUUCCAGGGGUGGCACUGCGAGACAGGAACUCUAAAGUCACUCCCUCACACGGUUCUCUUAAUUUAGAGGUGCUCACUGGCUCUUCAGUAACUUUACACAACCCACCAAAGUUAAUAAAGGACAGGUUUCAGGGCAUAGCUGCAGACACUGUCACUGAAGAGGGGAAAGGAGAUUUGCAGAUAAAACAAAUUCUUCUUAAUCCUGAAAGCAGCUCCUCUUUUGAUCAUCUAAGUAUAUCUGGCUUAUGUGUAUGUCCCUCAAAAAACCCUGCUUCACCUAACAAGUGUGCUGCAGUGACAAAAAUCAGAGAGCAACCAGAACUGAACCUUUUUGUAGGUUUGUGUAGACCUGAGUCAGACCGCUCAGCUACUGUGGCCUUUCCUGCCAGGCGAGCUAGACUUAAACCCAAAAGGACCGACACGGCAGCCAUUACAGAGCCGAACAAUGGACUCAUUUCAGAGCUCAGAAUGACCGGAGUCUUGAUAAACACACAGCAACAAAAGAAGACAUAGACUUACAGUCAAUGAAGAGGAGGUAAUCAAUAAAUAUAAAUCUGAAAUGUUGUUUUUGUGUGACAUUGCUCAAAUGUGUUUCAUACAAAAUGAAAUAUGCACUUUGCAGGUUGAAAAAGUAAUGACAAAAGCUUCUGAACAAUAAUUGGUAUCAAGUAAGUUUAUUCAUUUAGUGCACAAAAAGGCAAGACUAAUAACACUACCAUCAUUACAGAGGUAAACACAAGAGGUGCCCACACUGGAAGAAACAAAAGUCCAUGAGUUUCAAUGGCUAGACACGAGAGGAGCACACUAUAGAACACAUUAAAAUCAAUACGAAUACAUUCAGCGAGAUCUAUUCAAAACAGGAGUGGCAGUAGGUUUGAUUU